AUGUUUGGUGACGAAUUAGAGGGGGAAUCACCGAUACCUCCCUCGAUAUUUGGCACUGUGCCCGGUCAACUCGACACCUCGCAACCCACGCGUCUACAUCGCGUCCCCGGUUCAACAUUCUCAUUCGCAUCUUUCAACUCUUACACCGCUUCAUCGCGUGGCGAUAUUCCAGACCUGAACAAGCUGUCUCUCCAUGAUGAAACAUGUCGUCCUAAGCGCAUCGUGAUCGAGACUCUUCCGAACGGCCAGAGUACCUGGAGAUUCGUACCACGCGCGCGUCUCGGACAGGGCAUGGAGGACGAGGGACCUUGGCCGAGAGUCAUUAAAAUCUGCGGAGAGCUGGUUCACUGUUCGCAAGAACAAUGGGAAAUCUAUAAACUGGAUCCAAUUUAUGAUUGUUUCGUGCCAUCGCCUCCUGACAUGACAGUCAUCUCUCGGGUCGAACCGAAUGAGCGCGAGAUGCCUUCGAGGCUGCCGAAUCCAUUGGCGGAAGCGACUUCUGCCCCGCCGCCGGCGGAUGCCAAACGUCGUUUAUCUCUGGAUAGCAUUCCCUCCGAGGAGCUGCCGCCUCCUAAGAAAUCUCGGAAAACACCGCAUGAUUCUCCGGAAGCCCUUGGAAGCGAUCCAUCGCAUCCUAUUACUGUCCCCGGCGAUGAAGAGGGUGGGGUAGAAGAGCUAGGUCAUGGUAGCUCCACCGCCUUCGACUCGAAGGAGCAUGCACAGUCUGGAGGAGGAAAAACGUCUUAUCGAAAUGGUCACCCGCGCGCAGGCGCUAACAGGGCUCAAUCUCGCGGGCAGAGAUGGCGUCCGAUGAGAGAUCAGGCAGCGGAAUCAAACGAUCAGGAUCAGGAGAUGAUUGACCUCACUGUAGCAGACGAAGACUCCGUACCUCAGGCUGGUUCUACGCAAGCUACCAAGCGGAAACGUACAUCUCACGCUGAUCAUGUCAAUGUAUCCGAACUGGCUGCAGACGAAGGACCUGCUGCGGGACGAUGCGAUAGUCCCGAACCUAAACGCCUUUGCACUCAGUUGAAUUCCGGAAGAUUCCCGACAAUGGGUUCCGGAUUUGCUCAGCGGAAAAACGGGAAGAGAAAAACAGGGAAAUGGCCCUUUGAAAACCUCAAAUCGAACGGGCAUCGGUCUCCAGAGAGUGAUGCUUCGACCAAUAUUCCAACAGAGCCUAGCGCGCGCGACCAUUCUACCGAUAUGAAUGCGGAUCGGGAUGAGGACUCUCCAAUUGAAGACAACUCUGAUCAAGAAGCCCAGCACCGUGCCACAAUUGAGGAGUCACGCCGGAAGCUCGCCGAGCUUGAGAAGGACAGACCAUUGUGGGAAGAGGCCGCCAAAAAGCGCCAAGCUGCGGAGCAUGCAGAAGAGCAUGCUCGGCGAGCUCGGAAAGAAGCCGAGCGGAGAGCCGCUGAAAUGGAGCAGCAAUGUCGGAAGCAGGAGGCGGAGAAAGCACAGGCGGAGCAGCGAAAGAAGCCCGCUAGAGAGCGAGCCCACCACGAGGAGGAGAGACGUCAAAAACAGCAGGAACGGCAGAAGCGGUGGGCCUAUGGGCCUUGGACUACCUCGCGUGCCAUCCAGUGGUACCAGACGCUCUCUGAAGAAUUUGACACUGCAAAGUUCUCCGUGGACAAACCUGCCACCUUCGAUUUAAUCCCAUGGCCCGUCUUGCGCUCCCGCGCGUACCUUUCCGUCGAAGAUGUUGACUGGGAUGCAGUCGAGACAUUCUUCCGUACCGCAAGGUCUUAUGUGCCGUAUCAAGAUUACAAGGUGUUCGUGGAAAAGAGUCACAAACGAUUCCAUCCCGACCGCUGGAGAGCCAGAGGGAUUUUGAAGAGCAUUGAAGAUGAGCAGACGCGGGAUUGUUUGGAAGUAAUUGCCAACUGUGUCGCACAGGCAAUCACACCGCUGUGGAGGGAGAUCAAAGGUGGAUGA